CGAAAAUGUGCUCAAGUGUCUGUCAAGGGUGCCAGGAGGAGGUGAUUGAAUCACGUUUCUUUAGGCUGAAACUGGCUCCACCCCAAACAAGUUUCACUGAGCCAAAUAAUGAAGAAACAAACACUGCCAUCAUGGGUGGCUCGAGUUUCCUCCACUCCCUGUCUGACGCAACAGCUCCGGCCGUGAACCAAAAUGUCUACGUGCAUCCUCUUCUUAAGCGUUCGGGUUCUAGGCUAAGUGAUGAAAGCCUCGAAAUGUGCACCGAACAAUUAGGUAGCGAAACUGGAAGCGAAGGUUCCUUGCUUUCCUUGGAAACUCAAUCCGUGGCUUGCGAUAUUAUUCCGUCGAAACCGAGGGAAAGUUCGUCCACCAGAAAUAUGAGGCGUGGCUACAGCUUUCCGCCUCUUUUGACGUCCAUUAGCGGUUCGAAUGGUGUUCAGAUCAAGCCUCAUCGGGAAAACGGCCGCUUAAUUAUUCAAGCCAUUAGUUUCCCUACCUGUCAUAGUUACUUCCAUGCAGAACGUAGCGAGGGGAGGCUUAGGCUUUCCCUUUUCAAGGACACUACCACAAUUCUCCGCAUGGAAGACAACAACGAAGAACAAGAAGAUGAUGUCGAAGUUGAAGAAGAGUUUUAUGGGGAAACUGAGAAUAAAGAAGAAAACAACGGGAAUGUUGGGGGUGAAAUCGAGGCAGGGAAGAUGCCAAGGCCAAGCAGCUGCAAAGAAAGUAAUCGAGGCCACAAAGGAGGCUUGCUUAAUUGGAAACCAUUCUUGGUGACUACUUAAAAAAUAUGGC